AUGACGAUGAGUACAAAUAAUUGUGAAAGUAUGACUUCAUACUUUACAAAUUCCUAUAUGAAUUCAGACAUGCACGGUCACUAUCCUGGAACUGGUGUAGACGGAUUAGAUACUAGUCAGCAAAUGUAUCAUCACAGUCAGAGUCAUGCGGGCCAGGGAAAUAUGCCACCGUAUCCACGCUUUCCGCCAUAUGACCGAAUGGGUUACUACCAACAGAACAUGGAUCCUGCCGGAUAUGCGCGAGCCGAUAGUCCUUCGAGUCAGGUGGGUGGAGUGAUACCUCAGCAGACGAACGGCAAUCCCUUACAGCAGACGCAAGUACAAGCUCAACAGCAGCAACCGAUAGUUUACGCUAGCUGUAAAUUGCAGGCCGCAGUUGGAAAUGGUCCGAACGGGCUCGGAACGUACGGUGCUGAAAAUGGGUCCCCUCCGCUCGAACAGUUGGGUCACCAUAUGAACACGGCGCAAAUGACAAUACCUCAGCAUCACAUGGCGCACGCACAGGGUCAGGAUUGUUUCUCUCCCGAUCAGGUGCACCAAAACCCGCAGCAUAUGGGAAUGUACACAAACGCUGGCGGUGGUCCACCCGGAGUUGUGCCGCAGCAACCACCGAAUAUGAUGCACCAGCAACCUCCACAGUUACACCAAGGACAGCAACCACCGCCAAAUAGUCAAAAUUCUAACUCUGGCCUACAGUCGCCACUCUACCCGUGGAUGAGGAGUCAGUUCGAGCGAAAACGUGGCCGCCAAACCUACACGCGGUAUCAGACGCUGGAGCUUGAGAAAGAAUUCCACUUCAAUCGCUAUCUGACCCGGCGACGGAGAAUCGAGAUCGCCCAUGCGCUCUGCCUGACGGAACGUCAGAUCAAGAUCUGGUUCCAGAAUCGACGGAUGAAGUGGAAAAAGGAAAACAAGACAAAAGGCGAACCAGGAUCCGGAGACGAGAACGACAUGACACCGCCGCAAUCCCCGGCGUAA